AUGAUGGCGAUUGUCCCUGCCUUAAUGAUUUUGUACAGCAAUGACGCAGUUGAAAUUCGAUACUCUGAUGGAUCCAGGCUCGAACUGUCGCCUUGUGGCUCCUCGAUGAUCCAUGUUGAAUCACCAAACACAAGAGGAUGUACUGGAUUUGGCCAAUCAAGGAGAGUCCAGAAGCGUACGAGGUUUGUGACCAGCGAACACAGACAAAAAGUUCUGCAGGCACUGGAUUUUCGGAACAGAUUUGCCGAGAGAUCGUACCUGUGUGAUGACUUGCUUCCAGGAGAGGACAUUGUGGAGCUCUAUGCCAGAAUCGACCAAUUUGCCUGGCCUCGGAAACUAGGGGAGGCAAAAAUUGAGAUUCUUCCUGAUGGCAGUCGAAGUAUUACCUCCCAUGAUGAAUUUGCAACUUUAAUCGUCUCCCCUCAUGGUCUUGACUUCACAGUCUGCUUUCUGUCAAGAACCAGUCACGACGAAAGGAAGUCAAAAAAUAAUGUCAUGCAGAAAUCUGACUCCGUUUCCUGGGGUGUGUCAUCGCAGUCUUCCUCAAGGAAAACAUGCUCAUUUGAUAAAAACAAUUCCUCAAAUCUCAAUCCAGUUUUGACUCACCCAGUUGAAAAAUCUGGUCAGUUAGAUCAGAGACUUUCGGUCAAAAUAGAUCAUUCUCAGAUUACUGAAGACCUACAUGAGUUGAAAAUUACAAAUACUUUCUCAGCAUCUCAAGUUAAAUCUGGCCUCAUACUGUCAGACAAUGUGGCAAGUCAGGAAGUGUUUACAGGAGAUGAUAACAGCAAGAUUCAAAUGUAUAAUACAGAAAUUAGCGAACAAAAGUUGACAAGACAGAAUUUGGACGUUACUGAAACAAGUUCUUUUAUUCAGAAUAAUGGAAAGUGUUCAAAAACACUUACCAACCAAUCUGGCGUGUAUUGUUUUCGAUCAGAUUCAGCAUACAAGAAAGAGAAACAACAUCCGCCAGUGUCAUUUUUUGAUGAUUGCCAAAAUUCACGUGAUAUUUCAAGUAUUAGUAGAUCAUCUACACCUGAUGGACUUAGGACUAUAGUAGAUUUAGACGCAACCUUGCUACAUAAGGAUGUAUCGGGCAGUGCUCGAGAACAGAUGUUGAAAGGCAGACAAAGUUCUAACUCGCCAGCACAGUACACAUCUAGUCCUUAUGAUGCCCAAACUGGACUCUAUUCUGAGAAGUCUAGUUUGAUUAAGAAUGAUGAAGUUGUUUCGCUUAGUGGUUCUUUUCUUGGUAACCAAAAAAUCGACAACUUUCGUAAAGAAAGUGACAGUAAAAUGGAAAUACAACGAUUGGUAGACUUUUCUGUUUCAGGGAAAAAUAACUCUAAUUCCUCCACAGUUAUUAAUUCUGACAGAGUGACGGUAAAUGGUGUUGAAUUAGAAACAUCCGCAAUUCAAACACAGGAACUAAUUUCCAAUUUUCCACAUAAACUUGACUGCUCAGAUAGAGCUAAAUCCCUCAGCCAAAUAAGUGAUGGUUCAAACCUCAGUGAAAGUGCUGAUCAAACCAUAAGAAAAUUGUACACAUUACCAGAUAGCGCUGGCAUAUCUGAACAAUCAGGUCAAAAUGUCAAAAGUUCUGAUCCUAUCAGUGAUACAAAUAAUAUUUCCAGAAAAAUCAAUUUAAAUACAGCUUUAGAAAAUAUUUCAACCCUAGUUCAGGCAGACCAGAGAAGUGGGUCAGUGCCUGUUUCCGAGGGAUGCAGACAUGGUGGGUGUGACAGUAAACAUGCUCGACAACGACAGUGUAGGGACAGUUAUAUAUGGACCACAAAACAUUGUUCCACAAAUGACUGUCCUGCCUUGUGGGCGCAUCCUCUGAAGUUGGUCUUGGAAAGUACAGAUUCAACCAAUGAUGUCUCCUGCUGCAGUCCUGCCAAGAAAGAUUACUCUAACUCACCCAGCAUACCGGCAGACAAAAAAAAUUGUAUUUUUACGCAAGUUCCCUCCCCUUUGCCAGUUACCUGCCCCUUGCAGCAUCGCCACAAAUGGAUGUCUAAUGAAAUCAGGGAUGACGAUGAAGACUCUACAAGUUCUGGGGAGUUUCAGCAUGGGAGACUCAAGGUUGUUAUUUCUGAGGGUGUAGUAUAUCGACUUGCCCAAAAGGCUGGUGUAAAAAUUGUGGAGAUUUAUCCUGGCGAUGGGAGUGUGUUUGUGUCACACGGAGUACAGGGACAUUUCUUUACUCACUACAUGCCAGUUGGGGACCAGCUUCAGGAGAGAACAUAUUCUCUGAAAUUGUUGCCACAUCAUCACAGCCAGGUUAGGUACUCCAUUAAACGGCUCAUUGAAACGGCCAACAGGCUGCUUGUGACGAACGCCAGCUGGGAACAUCAAGGCAUCAAGGAUGAUGUUCCUUGUUGGAAGAAAGAAGCUGUAGCCAUUGUUGAGCCACUGACCUCUUCUCUUUUGGAGGAAUGUAUUGUUGAGGGUCUUGGGAAAUUUUCUGCUUUCACAAAUGGGAGAGUGCGUAUUGUCUUUGAAGACCGUACAGCUUUAGAUAUGGUGUGUAACGUCUCGCAACGGGUACAAGAAUGCUUUGGACACAGUCAGGAACCGCAGGUAUCACUGCCUUGUGCCAGUUUGGUCUCCCCCCCUGUACCACCUUACGACUCUGUUUUGGGGGCUAGCACUGGCAGAUUGAUGCUGCCAUCUGGAGAGUAUGUCAUUGUGGACAUAAACAAUCCGGGCCCAUACAGGAAGUACAUUGAAGUUGCCCAGGAGUGGGCUGCGUGGGUAAGGUCAUCUCCCGUGGAACGACAACAGUUUUAUGCAAAUUAUAACACACCAGCCAUUAUCCAACA